CUCCCCGCCGCCGCCGCCGCCGCCGAGGCUCCGGUCUUCCCGGUCUGGGCCUCUUGCGUCGCCGGUGCCGCCGCCUUCAGUCCUCCCAGACGGGAGCCGAAGCGAAAGCAGCCGCCGCCUCCGGGAACCACGAAGGCCUAGAGCGGAGCGCCGGAAGUGGGUGACGCUCUGGCCUCCCGAUGAGGCCACUUCCGGCCUCUCGCCGGCUCCCUCCCCGGCCUUGGCCUCCGCUCGGGUGGGGAGUGGAGGAUAGACCGGAAGUGGCCCCGCACGGCGGUUGCCAUGGUUGCCGAGUGGCAGGCUUGAGGCCUACUUGGGUGGCAGAAGCGGGGCCGCCGUUGGAUGGAUUGGAGCUCUGGCACAAAACGGCCAUCGCGCAACCCCAUUGAAGCCAACGGCGGUCGUAAAAACUCCCCAGCGAGAUGAGCCAGGCAGAGAUCAAGCUGGCGUCUCUUCUGCUCCGUGAGCAUUUUGGCGAAAUUGUGGAAAAGAUCGGGACGCACCUCAUCCGGAUGGGGGGCCAGCCUUUGCGGAUGAUCGCCCACGACACGGGGAUGUCUCUGGACCAGGUCCGGAAGGCGCUCUGUGUGUUGAUCCAGCACAACAUGGUGACCUACCAGCUGCAGAAGCGGGGCCAGGUGGAGUACGAGGCCCAGGGCAGCCGCGUCCUGCUCGUCCUCCGCUACCCCCGGUACAUCUACACCGCCAAGACCCUCUACAGCGACACGGGCGAGCUGAUCGUGGAGGAGCUGCUGCUGAACGGGCAGCUCACCAUGAGCACCGUGGUGAAGAAGGUGGCCGACCGGCUGACGGAGACCAUGGAAGAGGGCAAGACGAUGGAUUACAGUGAAGUCUCCCAAACCUUUACACGCCUGGCAGACACCCAUUUUGUGCAGAGAUGCCCCUUAACCUCAGAAGGUCCCGAGGCUUUGGACGUCCCUCCGCCUCCCGCGCCCACGUUGGUGCCAAGCGAGAAGGAUAUGUACACCAUUCCAAAGCUGAACCUCAUAGGGAAGGGGAAGAGGAGGAGCUCAGACAAUGGUGAAGACGAGGAGGAACACCAGGCGAAGCGGCGAAAGCAAGAGCCCGACAACAAGGAGCUUCCUCCAGACGACGGGAUCUACUGGCAGGUCAACCUUGACCGUUUCCACCAGCACUUCCGGGAUCAAGCGAUUGUCGGCGCCGUGGCAAACAGAAUGGAUCAGACGAGCAGCGAGAUCGUCCGGACAAUGCUGCGGAUGAGCGAAGUCACCACUUCAUCUCACGCGCCGUACACACAGCCCCUGUCCUCCAACGAGAUCUUCCGGUCGCUGCCUGCCGGUUACAACAUCUCCAAGCAGAUUCUUGACCAGUACCUCACUCUUUUAGCAGAUGAUCCGCUGGAAUUUGUUGGGAAGUCCGGCGAAAGCGGAGGGGGAAUCUUCGUGAUCAACCUUUAUAAAGCCCUGGCGUCUCUGGCCACUGCGACUCUGGAGUCGAUCGUUCAGGAACGGUUCGGGUCCCGCUGCGCCCGCAUUUUCCGCCUGCUCUUGAGGAAGAAGCAUCUGGAGCAGAAACAGAUAGAAGAUUUUGCCAUGAUUCCUGCCAAAGAAGCCAAAGAAAUGAUGUACAAAAUGCUGUCAGCGAACAUUGUAGCCCUGCAGGAAAUCCCCAAGACCCCAGACCAUGCCCCAUCCCGGACGUUCUACCUCUACACAGUCAACACUCUCUCCUUGGCUCGGAUGCUGCUCCAGCGCUGCUACAAGAGCGUGGCCAACCUGAUUGAGAGGCGGCUGCAUGAGACCAAGGAGAAUCGGCGGCUGCUGGAGAAAUCCCAGCGGGUGGAGGCCAUCCUGGCCUCAAUGCAGGCGACGGGGGCUGAGGAGGCCCAGCUGCAGGAAAUUGAGGAGAUGAUCACCGCCCCGGAACGGCAGCAGCUCGACACCCUCAAGCACAAUGUCAACAAGAUUGACGCCAGCGAAAACCAAGUGGAUGAAACCAUCUUCAUUUUGGAAUCGUACAUCGCCACCACCGUCAAGGGCUGAGCGGAGUGUCUCUGCGCCACCUUGCCAUGGCUUCACCCUUUACCUCCGGAGCCAAACACCUCCGGGGUUUUGAGGAAGGAGGGAGUGAGUGGGUUGUUUUCGUCAUGAGAAAAAUAAAUGGGAGGGUUUCACUGGA